UCAUUACAUUACUGAGUAAGUACUCGAAAAGUUUAUUCUUAUUGUUGGCAAAAUGAGGAAAUUAGUUUGUAAAGAAAGUUCAGUAGUUGUUUCAUUAUGGAUGAUGAUACUGCUUCUUCUACUCCUCCAUUUUUGUUUCUCCAUAACUGCAGCAGCACCUUGCAUCCAAAAGGAGCGUCAAGCUCUUCUUCGUUUCAAGAAUAGUUUCUAUGAUGACCCUUCUCUUCGCUUGGCUUCCUGGAAUGCAUCAACUGAUUGCUGUAAUUGGAAAGGAGUGGGUUGCAAUCAAAUUACUGGGCAUGUUACCAUCAUUGAUCUUCGACGUGAUCCUUGGCAGGUUGACUGUUACCUAUCACCUUUAUAUAGCAAUAAAUCCAUUGAUUCUAGUUUGUUUGAGUUGAAAUACUUAAGUUACUUGGAUUUGAGUGGGAAUUACUUCGACUCUAUUCAAAUCCCAAGUUUUUUAGGUUCAAUGGUUGAAUUAACAUAUCUUAAUCUUUCUGGCACAUCCAUUUCAAGCAAAGUUCUUCCUCAUUUAGGAAAUCUUACUAACUUGGAUACUCUUGAUUUAUCAAAUAAUUAUUGGGUGGAUACCGAGGGUGUUGUUGAAUGGAUAUCUCACCUUUCAUCCUUACAGUUUCUUGACUUGACUAACAUGAACUUCUCAAAAUCUCUGAAUUUGAUGCAAGUACUGAGUUCUCUUCCUAUGUUGUCCUCUUUAAGAUUGAGUAGUUGUAGCCUUCAAAACAUCCAUUUCUCUUUGAGUUCCUUAAAUUAUUCUUCAUUUCUCAGCAGAGUUCAAGUUUUAGACUUAUCAAACAAUCAGUUGAGCGGUUCAACUCCUAAGGCUUUUCAAAAUAUGUCUUCCUUGAAUUUACUAAACCUUUCAGCAAAUAAGUUUACUUCUAUUGAAGGUGGACUCUACUCUUCCUUCAUUGAAAACAAUUGUGGCCUAGAAGUAUUUGAUUUUUCGUGGAACAUUGAUUUUGAUGCAGAUUUGUUUGUAACUUAUGUGAAUGAAUCUAUGGGUUGCAGCAAUAAUCAAUAUGAUCUUCAACUGCUUAACUUAGGAUAUACAUCUAUAAAAACUAAAAUCCCAGAUUGGUUGGGAAAGUUCAAAAACAUGAAGUCCCUUGAUCUUGGAUAUAGUAAGAUUUACGGUCCAAUUCCAGCUUCACUUGGAAAUUUAUCAAGCCUUGAAUAUUUAAUUCUUUCAGGCAAUGCUUUAACCGGAGCAAUUCCAACCUCAUUGGGAAGAUUAUUAAACUUGAGAAAAUUGCAUCUUUCAAAUAAUAGAUUGGAGGGGGUGAGUGACGAAUGUUUUAUCCAACUUGAAAAUUUGGAGUGGUUAGACAUAUCAAAAAACUUGCUCAAAGGCAUUCUUACAGAAGCUGGUUUUGCAAAUCUCUCUCGUUUGGAUGCCUUAUUGAUUGACCACAAUGAACAUCUUUCGUUGGACAUGAGCCCUAAUUGGAUUCCUCCUUUUCAAUUAAAAUUUCUUACUGCAGACUCAUGUAUUGGUUGUUUUGGAGGUGAGUUCCCUCAAUGGCUUCAAAACCAAAAAUCAUUGAUUAGUUUACUUUUGUCCAAUGUGAGUAUCUCAAGUGCUAUACCAACAUGGUUCAUAUCACAAAAUCUCAGCACUUUGAAUCUUUCAUACAACAAAAUGACAGGCCCCAUUUUUUCGAAAAUUGUUGAUCAAAUGCCCAAUUUGAGUCGGUUGUUUCUAAAUGAUAAUGUUAUCAAUGAUUCUCUAAUAUCUUUACUCUGUCAAUUGAAGAAUUUGUACCUUUUAGAUCUUUCAAAUAAUAGGUUAACUGGAAUUGUUGAAGGUUGUUUGUUGACUCCAAAUUUGAAAAUUUUGGAUUUGUCCUCAAACAACUUUUUUGGGACAUUUCCAUAUUCAAAGGGUGAUCUUUCUUAUAUUCAACAACUAAACUUGGGAAACAAUAAUUUUGAGGGGUCCAUGCCGAUUGUAUUGAAGAAUUCUCAAUCUUUGGAUACAUUAAAUCUUGGAGGAAACAAGUUCUCUGGAAAUAUCCCCACAUGGGUAGGCAAUAAUCUUGAAAGUUUGCAAUUGCUGAUACUACGAGGUAAUUUGUUCAAUGGUACUAUUCCUUCAACUCUCUGCAAACUCAGUAACUUGCAGAUAUUGGAUCUUGCACACAAUCAAUUAGAAGGAGUCAUUCCACCAAAUCUCAGCAACUUCAAUGUAAUGACAAGAAAAAGUUCAAAUGGUCAUUUAAGCGGCUGUGAAUAUUUUGAUGAUGAAAUGUGCUAUCAUGGUGAAAAAUAUGUAGUACAACACAUCAAGUCAAGUGAUUUAAAUUACUCCAUGGAACAAACUCUUUUGGUAAAUAUAGACCUCUCCAAAAACCAUUUGGUUGGUUCCAUUCCAAGUGAGAUAAUUAUGCUUAAAGGAUUACACGGAUUGAAUUUGUCCAACAAUUAUCUAGUUGGGCCAAUUCCUGCUGAAAUAGGAGAAAUGGAGAUGUUAGAAUCACUCGACUUAUCUUUCAACCAACUUUCUGGACCAAUUCCAAGGAGCAUAUCAAAACUAAGUUCAUUAGGCGUGUUGGUAUUAUCUCACAACAAUCUUUCUGGAGAAAUUUAUCGAGAAGGUCAUCUCUCUACAUUCAAUGAAGCUUCAAGUUUUGAUGACAAUCCAUAUCUAUGCGGAGACCCACUUCCAACGAACUGUACAAUUAAGAAUUCACUUAAGCCACAAUUAAAAAGUAUAGACAAUAAUGUGGAUGAAGAGGAUGAUAGAUGGGAGAAGUGGUUGCUUUACAUCAUGAUAAUACUUGGAUUUAUAGUUGGAUUUUGGACGGUUGUGGGAAGUUUAACCUUGAAGAAGAGUUGGAGAUAUAAAUAUUUCAAGUUCGUGGAUGAGGCUUAUUACAAGGUUCAUGCAAUAAUUUGGGAGAGCAUAGAAUGGCUUAAAGGAAUCUCCUUUCACAAAUGAGUUAUGUAAUAAAAAAGUUUUGUUUGUUUUGUUCUAAUAGUUGUAUGCAAUUUGUAAAUUAUAUUGUAAUUGCUUAGCUUCUCUCGUGAUCAAUACUUGUCAUUUUUUAACAAAUUCUCACCAACAGCCACAAUUUUAAAAGACAAAUCUUUAACAAACAAUCCAAAAUAAAAAAGAAGAUGACUCACAGAUUGAAGAGCGGCAAGAGCGUCAAGAGCGUCAGCCAUGGCGAUAUUAGUGAUAUUGGCCGGAAUCUUAUUCCUCUUACAAAGGGCCGCUUGGAGCUCUCUAUUUGACAAGGCACGGAAAUCCAUGGCGAUAGGAAGAUAAAUUUUUUUUGUCGCUGCCACAGGAAAUGAAGCCAUUCUAUGAAGUCAAGAAGUUUAGGGCCUUUAAAUAAAUAUAUUUUUAAUUUAUAAAUUUAACUUCUUUCAAUACUAUAAUAUAAGAAAUUUCAUUGCAUAGCAAAUGUAUUGUGUAUAUAUCUAUUCUAUGUCAUCGCAAAAUCUUAAAAACAAGUAAAAUCAACCUUAGUUUAGAUUUGAUUUUAUUUAUAUUUCAAAACUACCUCUAAUUAAAAAUGACUAAAUCAUGUUCAAGUUUUUUUUUUUCUUAUUUAGCUGUUGAGUUUGUUUUUUUUUUCUUUUUCUUUUUCAAAUCCUGGGUUUAAAGGUUUCAAAUUCAUUAGCAAGAGGUUUAUUGAAUUUAUGUGUACCAUUUUUUAUAGUUUGUAUUGGAGAUUUAGAUUGUGUCUGAGAUAGAAGCACAGUCGCCACCAUCAUAAUAACCACAUGAACUAUGUGAUUGGUCAUUAUUGUUCAGUCACUAAUCCUUUUUUUGAUUACUGCAUUCUAUUUGAUGUGAAAUUAUCUGAUGUAGUUGGUUAUAUCUUUUACCAGAUUGGAAAUGCUGUAUGUACCAUGAUGAUACGUUGUAUAUAUGGAGAGCUCAGGAGAUGAUCAAUACCUCAGCUAGCAAAUUUACUGGUAUCAUCUGAGGAAGAUAAAACUAAAGCAAAUGCGGCAGAUGCACUAAGUAACCUUGUUCGCAACUCCAACAUGCUCUGUGAGGAUGUAUAGUUUCCAGAGGCGCAAUGCAGGCUUUGUUAAAGUUGGUGGCUGACUGUUCGGCAGUAGCCUUGAAUCCAAGCAGAAAAGAUGCAGCUAAUGAGUGUCCUCUCAAGAUAGCCUUGUUUUCCUUGGCAAAGAUGUGCGCACACACACCGUGCCGACAGUUCCUUCUUUCAUCAAAGCUAUUUCCAGUGAUCGGGCAGCUUCGGCAAUCCCCAGAGUCCAUAAUCGCCAAAUAUGCUUCUGUAAUUGUCAGAAAGGUUGCUGAAACUUGAAUCUUCCGCCAAUCACCUUGCCAUUUCUGAUAAAGCUUACAAGAAUGCUUGAAGCUGAUGCUUACGUACGAUGUAAAGGUCAGUUAGUUAUAUUCUAUACGUGUCUGUCGAGCCAGUAGUUCGAAUGUAUAGAGUUUGUAUAUAGUAUUAUUUUGUCAACUGCCAUCAUCAGCCUUGAUUCCACUUGUAGCUAAGAUUUGUAUACAGUAUACUGUGAGGAAGGGGUAGACAGAUUUGUAACUAAAGUAGAUGGCUGUUAGAGACUUAGUCAAUUGAAAUUGUUCGUUUAAUAUAUAUCUUUUUCUUGUGAAUCA